AUGAGAUCCAUCACCCCCAGAGCUUCCACUCCGGCAACGGAGCAAUCGUCUUCUGGCGAUAACAAGGAAGAAAAUAGCGUCAAGGACACUCGAAAAAUGUGGGAAUCCCGGGCUUCCACUGGGAAUAUUGGAACCAAGCUAAAGAAAGCUACCUUUGGAACCGCCAAAACCAUGGUGGAUGGUACCAAAUCAGCGACCAAGACCGUGGUAGGGGGAACCAUUGGAGCUACGAAAACCGUGGCCAAGGGAACAUUUGGUGCUGGAAAGACUGUCGCCAAAGGUACCUUUGGAGCAACCAAGACUGUCGUGGGGGGUACCAUUGGAGGCACCAAAAAGGUUGCUGGGGCCACCUUUGGAGCUACUAAAACUGCUGGAAAGAGUGCUCGGCAGGCCAUUGAAGACGUUGCUCUAUUUGCCAGUCCGAGAGUGGUGCAACAGAAACUGAAUAUCGGAAAGAAAAAGCUGGUCGUUCCAUCCGCGUUUGAAAAGAAUGGAGACGAAAAGAAGGAACAAGAAAAACGACCAUCCAAAACACCCACUUCCGUCCCCAAGGCAGCUGGAUUUGAAGCCUUCAAAGAGGGUGGCGAAAAGAAGCAAGAACAACGACCAUCCAAAACGAUCACUGCCGUUCCCAAGGCGGCUGGAUUUGCAGCCUUCAAGGAGGGUGGCGAAAAGAAAGUUACUACUCCAACUGCGGCUGCCGCCAAGCCACCGGCUCCAAAGGGUCCUAAAAAUAUGACCAUUGCGGACCGAGCCCGGGCCUACGAAGCGGCCAUGAACGAACGUGCCAAAAAAUUUGAUAUUGUUCCCGGGGCUCCAGGUGCGGCUCCCAUGAAGAUGCGUGGAAAACGUACCAGUCGAUUGGAUAAAUUCUCUCCAUUGCCGGGCCGCCGCAUGCAUGAGGCCAAGAAGCAUUCAAACUUUCCCAUUGCACCCUUUGGACAAUCACAACAACAACAACAACAACAACAGCCAGAAAAGGCCAAGAGUGACACGGACGAACCAACGACGACAGACCCCACAGAGGCAACCCUCUCCCCUACGACUGUUGGAUCUAGUGUCACUGAGGAUGAUGCCGCACCUGCAGCGGCGGAACCAACAACUGCUGAAGAACCAGCAACAGUGGAGAAAGAAGCAGAACCUGUCACUCCCGAACCAGAAGCACCCACUGAAGCAGAAGCAGAAAACGGAGAUGAAGUCAUGGAAGUUCCAGUUAUUUCUGAAUCUGAAGCCAAGAGAGAAUCCGCCCGAGCUUCCAAAAAGGGCUCCUCCAAGAUUGAUCGUGACACUAUCAUUCUACAAGAAAUUGUCGAAAUUAUUCGAACAGCCGAAGAAACGGAAAUUUACGAUGAAAUUGAUGAUGAGACGAUUGAAAUUUUGAAAGAGUCGGCCCUCAAGAGCAAAGCGUACACCAAGCGGUGGUACGACGCCUACACGGAUAGUUUCAUUCAUUGUCCUUCUUUGGCACAAACCAUUGUGGACUAUACCUUGUUGGAACUAGCCGAAGCGAAAUUCCAAGAACUUUAUGAAGAAGAUUUCCCAAUGCUGUACACGGUGGGAUUGCGUGGGGUGGCUUGCAACAUGGUUGGGGACGAGGAAGAGAUUCCGGACUACAUUUAUGAUAUGGCCAUGUAA